GCAGCUGCAAGGAUGCGGAGAACUGCUGCUGGUCUGCUCCCAGCGUUAGGGGCCGGUUGCAGCCUUUCCCCAGGCCCGCUGGACUCCUGCCCUUGCCAGCCGGGAGGCGGGGCUGCCCAGCUCACCUGGCCAACUGGGGCGGGGCUGCCCGCGACCUAGGUGGAGGAGGCUGCGGCUUUAUCCCGUGUGCGGGAGACAAGCUCGUCUUGGGACUCAGCAGGAGCUCCCACCCCUCCACACCCCCCUCGCCAGCACCGGGGCCCUCCCUCCGCUCCUUUGCUGUCUCCUUCCCUCCCCUCUCCUCCCCUCACUUGCUCCCUCCCUCCCUCCCUCCCUUGGAGCCCAAUUGCUCAAGCCGCUUCCUUCCCCAGCGCCAGUUCCUCUCCUAGUGGGGCCCGGGAAGGGCCUCCAAAGCUAGAAACGCGGACCGCGGCGGUGGAGCUGCAGGACCAUGGCCGAGCCCAGAGUGGCAGUGAUCUCUGCGACCAAGGCCUCUCCGGCACCGAGCGCUCAAAGUCUGCGGAGCGUCCCGCAGCCCCGCCCCUUAAGUGUGGACUACCGCAGCCUGGCCAGGUACUCGGGCAGCGCCGCCGCCUCCAGGGAGCUCCCCUUCCACGGCUCGCUGAAGUACUCCGGAGCCGGCUCGGGACGCCGGCGGGGAGCUCUGCGGGAGCUGCUGGGGCUGCAGGGGGGAACUCCCACCGGGUGGCAGUCAGAGGAGCGCGCGGAGGAGCGGUCCCCGGGUGGGCCGAAUGCAGCGGGCAGCAGCAGGCUGUGCCUAGAGCCCCGGGAACACGCGUGGAUACUGGCUGCCGCUGAAGGCCGCUUUGAGGUGCUGCGGGAGCUCCUGGAAGCCGAUCCUGGACUGCUCCUCCGGGGUGACCCGAUCACCGGCUACUCGGUGCUGCACUGGCUGGCCAAGCACGGGCGCCACGAGGAGCUCAUCCUGGUGCACGACUUCGCCCAGAGCCGGGGGAUGCGCCUGGACGUGAGCGCCCCAGGGAGUGGCGGCCUCACGCCCCUUCACCUGGCGGCCCUUCAGGGCCACCACAUGGUCAUCAAAGUGCUGGUGGGCGCCUUGGGGGCUGAUCCCACACGCCGUGACCACAGUGGCCACCGGGCCUGUCAUUACCUGGGACCCGACGCGCCCUGGACCCUAAGGGAGCUAUCGGGGGCCGAGCAAUGGGAGAUAGACCAAGGCAGUGAGAGAAACAACGCCAACAACAACAGUAGCGGCGCCACUGCCUCCUGGACGCCGCGAAGGACUGUGAACGCAGUGGGCGCGACCGCUGUGGAGACAACGGCGAGAGAAACGGCGUUACACGGCAAGGAGAAGGACUCCACGGGCAAUCGAGUGGCGCAAAUUCAAGGCUUUUUUCGCCAGAUGUUCCCCUUCUUCCAGGACCGUUGAGGACAACUUAGACCUGAGCGCAGGUCUGCGACACCAUGACAAGGCCUCGGUCUGGGGCUGUCCAAGGUUCCACUGAGGGGGUGGUGCCUCAGAUGCAGCCAACUGUGCUGGGUCUGCAAAGAGCGGACUAUCUCGGGUCUGUCUCAGGUCUUCUGCAGCCAAAGACCGGGACACCCGGGGACCAGCCCCCGACCCAACUGAGACAGAGCGAAGACAAACCUGUCCUGGCACCCCAAUCCCCAGAAGAGUUGGAGUUAGGGGCAGGAGCUUGGUCCUGCUUGGUAGAAGGAAAGUUAGGCUUCCAGUAGCCGUUUACCUGGCAGAAGUACUGGCUUCUUAGGAAACAUUUGCUAGAAAAAAUGAGUUAAAACUGUAAACCAUUGAUGGAAAGGAAGCGCCUAACUGCAGGCUUGACUUAGCCGUUAAUGGGUCAUUUAGUGCCGCCAGAGGCAGCGACCCUGGUUCCCUGUUCCUGAGACAACUGGGCCUCACUGGUACCUUUUCAAAUGUAUCACUGAUGACUUCUUAAGCACAUUAAAAUGCGAUUUGUUUUCUUUUCACAUGACAAAGCUGUCCUUUAAGCUAUUUUUUUUAUUAACCUCCAAGGGGGAAGUUUCCUACAUUUGCAGGGAAGAAGUCCCCCACCCAUGGCCAGGAGCUAGUGAUCCAGGGCAGGCCGUGGACAUCAUUCUCAGAGCAAAUGGCAGAGCUACUUACAUCUUGAAGCUCAGACCCGCAGUUUGUCUAUUGGGCCCUUAAGCGUCUAGGUCUGAUCCAGUUCUCCUAGAAGAGCUGUUCGUAGGGGGGAAGAAGGGUGGUAAAAGGGGAAAGCCUCCAAAGGCACAGUUCUGAUAUUUUGUGGCGAGUCAUGUCAUUUACCCAGACUCCUGCCCUGAGACACCAGGGCAGGAGUCUCCCAAUGAGACACCCCCACUGGCAUUUUUGUUCUGAGAUAGGGCUUUAAUUGUCAGCAUUUGUUUGUGUUUUUUUAAUUACACUUAAUAUGUAGGUUGUAGUUUGGAAAAUUGUUCCCAUUUAGAAGCAGUAUGAAUGCAGAAGAAUAAAGGGCGGCUGACUCCAACUGAAAGGUGGGGAAAGCAGUUGGAGGUUAGAACUCCGGGCUGCCUUAGAGAACGGUGUAUUUUUAAAAUAGUGCUGUAUCCCUGGAGGCCUGGGCAGCCCUUGCAAUGGAGUCUUGUGUCUGCCGCCCUCCCAUCUCAGUCCGUGAGCACCAGGGAGCAAUCAAGUCAUCACAGAGUACAGAAACACCACUUUGAGCCCAUCCGUCCA